AUGUUUCGGACUCGCAUUCACAUCAACUCCGAGUGGGUUCUUCUACGCCGCAUAGCCCUGUUGAGUGGUGUGGUCCCGGUCUGGUACGACUGCUGUGUCAAUUCAUGCAUAUGUUAUCUUGGUCAAUACAAGGAUGCGGACACCUGUCCAUAUUGUGGCGAGCUGCGCUACCUGGAAGGCCGGCGCAACCGGAAGGCUAGACGAUACUUCUGCUAUGUUCCCUUUAUUCCUCGACUCCAAUCAUAUUUCCGAUCGGAAGAUAUGAUCACGCUUCUACGGUACCGAAGUGAACACGCUGGAUCUGAAGAUGUCAUCUCCGAUGUAUUUGAUUGUCAGCACUACAAUAAUCUCAGGAAAGCCCCCGUCGUCAUAGAUGAUGAGGAGCAGUCAUUCUGCUACUUUUCUGGCGAUACAGAUCUUGCUUUUGCAUCCUGUUCCGAUAGCUACCUCAUUUUCCGGCGCAAACAUGGAGGACCAAGCGCCACCCCAUUGCUACUUCAGAAUCUUAGCCUUCCUCCUUCUAUCCGAACACAUCUCGAGCAUUUGCUAUGCAUAGGAGUUAUCCCAGGUCCUCGCGUGCCGAAGGAUAUGGCUUCAUUUCAGAUCCCUGCAGAGGAGGAGUGGGCCCAACUCGCACGUGGUGUUCGUACAUUCCACCUCUCCAUGCGUACCCACUUUCUUUUACGGGCCUACCGCAUAUUUGAAGAGGGUGAUAUAGUGGCGAUCGAGAAGAUAUUGAAUAUGAAAGGUCAUAAUAGUGUUUCACCGUGUCGCUCUUGCUCAAUCAAGGCAUUCCGCCACCCUCUCCAAACCAACUAUUAUGCGGCACUUCAUGCUCCCAUGGUUUUGGGCGAGCCGCCACGGAGCUGGGAUCCUCUUGCGCUGCCCAAGCGGACACAUGAAGGCUUCCUGGAAGGCGCAGCUGCUGUUACAGCUGCAUAUGGGAUAUCUCAGGCCGCUGGUAAACGGGUUGACAAGUGGUGGGGCGUACGUGGAUCACCUGCGAUUGGCCGUGUUAAAUCUGUCGAUUAUGCACGGUCUUUUCCUUGGGACUGGAUGCAUUUAUUUGGACAAAACAUCAUACCAAACUUUAUACUCCUAUGGACGGGACGGUUCAAGGGACUGGAUGCAGGUACCGAGGAUUACAUUCUCGCCGAGGAUGUAUGGCAAGCAAUUGGACAGGAGACUGCCGAUGCAGUGCAAAACAUUCCCUCAUCCUUUGUCCGGCGCAUAGGGAAUAUUGCUGUUGAUCGCUCCGAUAUGACAGCUGAAUCAUACAUCUUCUGGUUCAUGUAUAUUGCCCCCAACCUUCUCCAACACCGCUUCAAAAAGGUGAAAUACUACAGCCACUACAUCAGACUGGUCAACAUCAUGAAAUAUACUCUGAGAUACAGCUACUCCAAGAUAUUCCUCGAUUCAGAGCUGCGCAAACAGAUUGCUACAUGGCGACUUGCCAUCUGUACACUACCCAUACAUGGUCUUCUCCAUCUCAUUGAUGGCUUUCUAUUCUGUGGACCGGGCUGGACAACCUGGACAUUCUACAUGGAGCGCUUCUGCGGUUAUUUGAAGGAUGCCUUGAGGUCAAGAAGCCAACCAUGGAGUAAUCUGAACAACCGCAUCCUACAGCUAGCUUAUCUCAACAAGCUUGCAAUUCUCUAUACUAUUGAUGAUGAUGACAUUGCAGGAGUUGAUAGAGGAUUAAUACUUUCAAAAGGGGAACAUAUCUAUCCUAACUGUGAGUUGUCGAUCAAUCAACAACUUGGACUGCAACUGAUGUAA